UUAAACGCACCGUGAGGAGAGGAAGACAGCUGCUGGGUUUUAAACGCACCGUGAGGAGAGGAAGACAGCUGCUGGGUUUUAAACGCACCGUGAGGAGAGUGAGACAGCUGCUGCAGGUGUGUUAGUGCCAACAGGAUGUCCUGCUCCUGCUGCUGCUGUGUGACUCCCAGUGGGGAGCUGCUGGACGGGAUCAGGAAGAAGGAGCAGACCAUGACGGACAUGUCGGCGCUCCGAGAACGGUACCGGAGCAGCACGGAGACCCAGCGGAGACACACGCACGUGCUGCUGCUCAGGACAGUGUCUGAGGAGCUGUCGGAGGCCAUCAGCAUCGUCCCCGUCACUCAGGCUCUCAGGUCGCCAUGGGAACCAGACGGCCGCUCGCCGCCCGUGACCUUUGACCCCGACCGGCCCGGCGGUGACCCCUGGCACCUCCACCUGGACCUCCAUCGCCGGUCCCGUCCCCGAGACUCCUCCCCGGAAACAAGACACACCAACAGUUCCUCCCGACGUUCUUCUUCUUCUUCUUCUUCUUCCUCCGAGUCUGACUGCAGGAAUCUCUCUGGAGACUCGACAUCUGAUUGGCCGAGCAGCGCCGGCGCCGACAGAUCAACAGGAGACCCCGAGACGGGACACAACCACAACCACAACCACGUUUCCCAUGGUAACCGUGAAAGCGACCCAGAGAAGAAGAAGAAGGAUCCCGUCUCCGGUUCCCUCGACGAUCCCGACGGUUUCCACGGUGAUCCUCGGGACCAAUCGGCCGCCGGCUCGGAGGAGAGUUUCACCGCAGGCCGACAGGAUGGCGAGUCUGCCGCCAGCGGCGCCUCGGCGUGGACGGGUUUCAGGAAGUUGUCGGCGCCGGUGCUCCGGUUCACCCGGCAGCAGAGUGUCGGGGGGGUCGGGUCCACCACGGGGGGCCACCAGAACCAGAACUACCAGCCGUUCCCCAACAGGAAGACCCCGAGGAUCUCAGAGGCCGCCCGCAGGCUCGGCAUGUACUCGUCCUUCUGACGGAGAGAGAACACGCUCAGCAUCAUACAUCUAUAAUAUAUAAUCAGCAUUAUACAUCUAUAAUAUAUAAUCAGCAUUAUAUAUAUCUAUAAUAUAUAA